AUGGCGGUGGUGAGGAGUGAGGUUAUUCUCUCAGUUUACAUCAUUUCCUUCCUGAUAGGCCUGCCAGCGAACCUCCUGGCUCUCUAUGCCUUCAGUGUUAAGAUCCACUCCAAGCCACAACCAACAGACAUCCUGUUACUCAACCUGAUUGUCUCUGACCUGCUCUUUUUGAUCAUCCUUCCUCUCAAGAUGUACGAGGCGGUGUCAGGCAUGAAAUGGAAUUUGCCCAACUACGUGUGCUCCAUCACCUCCUUCACCUUCUUCUCCACAGUCUACACCAGCUCCUUGAUGCUGAUGGCAGUCAGUGUGGUUCGCUACAUCGGGGUAGCUUUUCUCUUAUCGCCCUUAUCAUCAUUAUCAAGUUGCUGUUAUUUGGGCCUGAAUCUUUUCAAAACUGCACACUGCAGCAUUACUUUCAUUACCCAGCACCACCCCUCCUUGUCCAGCAACAAUGCCACCGUGUGCUAUGAGAACUUCACAACAAAGCAGCUGGACAUCCUCCUCAAAGUACGUUUGGAGCUUUUCAUUGUACUCUGCCUUAUACCUCUUCUCAUUUGUGUUUACUGCUACAUGCGCUGCAUCUUGAUCCUGCACAGCGGCCCUAGGAUAUCCCGGAUGCAGAAGCAGAAGGCCAUUGGCAUGGCCUCGGGGACUCUAGCUGUGUUUCUCAUUUGUGUGCUGCCAUACAAUGUGUCUCAUUUAGUGGGUUACAUCCAGGGUGAGAGCCCAAGAUGGAGGUACUACACCCUGCUACUUAGUACCUUCAACACCUGUAUUGAUCCCAUCAUCUUCUACUUUUCCACUAGUGAAAAGUCACUUUUCAGGAAGCGUAAAAUCGCUGUUUCAGGAGUACAAAGACAGGCAACAAGCUCUGGCUGA